GGUUCGACGUGGCAGAAUAGAGUCGACUGCUUCGCCUCGCCAUCCGCUCCCCACCCACAACUCCCCUCUUUCUCGCUCUUUCUGAUUUCUACUCCAAAUCUCCGCCGGAUGCCGGACAGCAACGCGACCAGCCUCGAUCCACUUGACGCGGCAAGUCGAAAGAGAGGAUAACAAAAGCAGUGUUCCCACUACCAAUGGCUUCGAGGCUCGGCUCUCUCCCUCCCCAACUCAACUCCCCUCGCCUCGUCCACCACCGCCGUCGCGCCAACCUCCCCUCCCUCUCCUGGGGCCGCACGUUAGCGCCGGUCCAACUCCAAGCCGACCUCCUCUUCCCUUCCCUUUCCUCCUCUUCUUCACCAGGCAGGCAUUAUACGCCAUUACAGGUUUCAUGUAAUGCUCAGACUGUAGCUGCAACAAGUAUAUCACAAGGAACACCUGUUAGGCCAACAAGUAUAUUAGUUGUUGGUGCUACUGGAACUUUGGGUCGGCAGGUUGUUAGGAGGGCGCUAGAUGAAGGCUAUGAUGUUAGAUGUCUUGUAAGGCCUCGGCCAGCUCCUGCUGACUUCCUUCGGGACUGGGGUGCUACAGUUGUCAAUGCCGAUCUCAGCAAACCAGAGACUAUACCUGCAACUCUUGUUGGUAUUCAUACAGUAAUUGAUUGUGCAACAGGACGGCCAGAAGAGCCUAUCCGCAUGGUAGAUUGGGAAGGAAAAGUUGCUCUCAUACAAUGUGCAAAAGCCAUGGACAUUCAGAAGUAUGUAUUCUAUUCCAUCCACAAUUGUGAUAAGCAUCCCGAGGUUCCUUUAAUGGAAAUCAAGCACUGCACUGAGAAAUUUCUUCAGGAAUCUGGUCUAAACUACAUCAUUAUUAGGCUAUGUGGUUUCAUGCAGGGCCUAAUUGGGCAGUAUGCUGUGCCGAUACUAGAAGAGAAGUCUGUGUGGGGAACUGAUGCCCCAACUCGAAUCGCUUACAUGGAUACCCAGGAUAUAGCUCGACUGACAUUUAUGGCUAUGCGUAAUGAGAAAGUUGACAAGAAGCUCCUAACAUUUGCUGGACCUCGUGCAUGGACAACCCAAGAGGUGAUUACUUUGUGUGAAAGACUAGCAGGGCAAGAUGCAAACAUAACCACUGUCCCUGUUUCAGUCCUGAAAUUCACUCGCCAGCUAACUCGGUGUUUCCAGUGGACAAACGAUAUAGCGGAUCGAUUGGCAUUUUCAGAGGUCCUCUCAAGCGACACUGUGUUCUCAGCUCCCAUGACAGAAACAUAUAAUCUCCUUGGGGUGGAUCAGAAAGACAUUUUGACUUUAGAAAAGUAUUUGCAGGACUACUUCGCCAAUAUCUUGAAGAAGCUGAAGGAUCUAAAGGCACAAUCAAAACAAACAGAUAUUUAUCUAUGAGAAAUUCAAGUUCACACUACAACAAUGAGUUCAAAGAGCAUACAAAUCCAAGCUACAUGCACUUCUGAGCCAUUCAAAAAGACCUGAUGGCGCAAGUAGUUUUUGUUCAUUCAUUCUGCAUAUACAAAUUAAGAUUGUGAAAAAAGUAACGCCUUUUAUCCUGAAGCUAGCUUAACUUGUUUAUAAAUACUGACUGUUUGUUAUUAAAUUAGUCUGGAUUUUUGUUCAA